CCCCCCGUGCCAGCUAUCCCGUCGGUGUUUGCCAGUGCGGAGGGUUCGCAGCUCAGGAAGGAGGAGGCCCGAGGAACAGGAGUCCAGCCAAAGAACUGCCCUCUGACAGAGACCUCCUCACCAGGGCUUCUGAACAGAUGCAGAAGAACCCAGAAAGGAGCAGAUCUUGAUUUGCCACACCAGCAGCAGUUCUUCAAACCUUUGCCUAGAGAGCGCCAGACUUGGUGAUGUCGCCGCAUCCAGAAGCCAUCACAGAUUGUGUGACACUGAACGCUGUGGGCCAACUUGCCGAAGGUGGUUGUCCUCUCCGCUUCUCCACACUCUUCGAGGAGCAGCAGAACAUGAACAUAUCUCAGGAAUCAGUGUCAUUCAAGGAUGUGACUAUAGAAUUCACCCAGGAGGAGUGGCAGCAAAUGGCCCCUGUUGAGAGGAAUCUGUACAGAGAUGUGAUGCUGGAGAAUUACAGCCACCUCGUCUCAGUGGGGUACUGCCUUUUCAAACCAGAGGUGAUCUUCAAGUUGGAGCGAGGAGCAGAGCCUUGGUUGUCAGAGGAGGAAUUCUCAAACAAGAGUCACCCAAAAGAUUACAGAGGUGAUGACCUGAUCAAGCAGGACAAGAACAUCAAAGACAAACACUUGCAGCAAGUAAUAUGUAUCAAUAAUAAAACAUUGACUAGAGAGGAAGAGAAAGUUUUAGGGAAACCAUUUACUCUGCAUGUAGCUGCUGUUGCUUCAACAAAAAUGUCCUGCAAAUGUGACUCAUGGGGAGUGAAUUUGCAAAGUAUUUCUGAAUUUAUCAUUAAUAAUAGAAACUGUUCAACAAAGAAAGUAGAUUGCUGUAAUCUAUGUGAGAAUUCACCUUUCAAAAUUAACUUUGAGAAAACUCAGACUGGGGAGAAAUUUUAUGAACAUAAUAAAAAUAUGAAAGCUCUCAGUUAUAAUGAAAAUCUUCCCAAGCAUUCAAAGUUUCAAACUUUGGAGCAAGCUUUUGAAUGUAAUAAAAUUGGAAAAGCCUUUAAUGAUAAGGCUUGCUGUGUUAAACAUAAGAAUCCUCACACAGGAGAAAAAUCCUGUAAAGAUGAUGAAUUUAGGAAAAAAUGUGAUAAGACAACUCUCUUUGACCACAGGAGAACUGGCACAGGGGAGAAACAUCCUCAUCUUAAUCAAUACGGGAAAUCCUUUGAGAAGUCAACUGUGGAGGAAUAUAAUAAAUGUAACAUGGGUGUGAAAUAUUAUGAAUUAAAUUCAAGUGGAAAUAAUUUCAACACAAAGCCACACCUCACUGAACCUCAGACAACUGUCACAGAAGAGAAUCCAGUGGUAUGUAGUGACAGAACAGAGAGUUGGGUUAAAUCCUCUGAAUAUCAUGAAAAUAAGAAAUCCUACCAGAUAUCAGUUCACAGAGUUCACCAGAGAAGUCACUUGAAGAUAAAACCCUAUAAAUGUAAUGAAUGUGGGAAAUCCUUCUGUCAGAAAGGACAUCUCAUUCAACAUCAGAGAACUCACACAGGAGAGAAACCAUUUGAAUGUAGUGAAUGCAGAAAAACUUUCUCCCAGAAGUCACACCUCAGUACUCAUCAGAGAAUUCACACAGCAGAAAAACCCUAUAAAUGUAAUGAAUGUGGAAAAACAUUUGUCCAGAAGUCAACCCUCAGGGGACAUCAAAGAAUUCACACAGGAGAGAAACCCUAUAAAUGUAGUGAAUGUGGGAAAACUUUUGUUCAGAAGUCUACUCUCAGAGAUCAUCACAGAACUCACACAGGGGAGAAAUCCUUUCAGUGCAAUGAAUGUGGAAAAACAUUUGGCCAGAAGUCAAACCUCAGAAUACAUCAGAGAACUCACACUGGGGAGAAAACUUACCAAUGUAACGAAUGUGAAAAAUCCUUCUGGCGAAAAGACCAUCUCAUUCAACAUCAGAAGACUCACACAGGAGAGAAGCCAUUCAAAUGUAACGAAUGUGGGAAAACUUUUGCCCGGACAUCAACCCUCAGAGUGCAUCAAAGAAUUCACACUGGGGAGAAACCAUUUAAAUGUAAUGAAUGUGGGAAAAAGUUUGUCCGGAAAGCAAUCCUUAGUGAUCAUCAGAGAAUUCACACAGGGGAGAAACCCUUUCAGUGUAGUAAAUGUGGAAAAACUUUUGGCCAGAAAUCAAACCUCAGAAUACAUCAAAGAACUCACAGUAGGCAGAAAUCUUAUGAAUGCAAUGAAUAUGGGAAAUUACAUAAGAAGUCAACCCUAAGCGUAUACCAGAAAAUUCAGGGAGAGGGGAAUCCCUAUUGAUGUAAUAACUGGGAAAUCCUUUCGACAAAAAGAUUACCCCUUUUGACAUCAGAGAUACACAAGAAACCAAUUGAGGGUAGUGAAUGUAAGAAGGCAGUCCCAGAAAUAAACCCUCACAGUGAAUCAGAGAAUUCACUUAGGAGAGAAACCAUAUGAAGAUGAAUGCAGGAAGAAUUGUGUCCAAAAGGCAACCUUCAGAGGCGUUUUUGUUUCUUUUCAGAGUCCUAUGGAUAGGCCUGAAUGAAGUCAUACCCUAUUAGAUAGUUCUCACACAUCACACAGGCUGGUAGUCUGUUCACCAGUACCAAUUUCACUUUAUUGCAGGCACAUAACUAGUCCAAAUUUCCCAAUCUCCUUUUCGUCCAAGUGGGUCUUUGUGACUAGCUACCAGGUUGUGGAUGUCCAUGAUGUAUAUCACAUCCCAGUCUGAAAAAUAAGAGACUUCCCUAACUUAACUACCAGGGUCCUAUCACAACAACAAAAUGGAUAUGAUUUCUAGGACAAACUUGGUGCUGUGCUUUACUGAAGCAAAGUACGAGAUAAAGAAGUCAGUGUGCCUGAAUGAAUAUAUGCAGCAAAAUUCUCCUUUUCCGCAUCUUUCCCAGUUGAACAUUAUGUAAGUAAAAAUUAAGUUUGUACAGUAGUCCCCCCUUAUCUGCAUUUUCACUUUAUGCAAUUUCUAUUAGCCAUGGUCAACUGCACUUUAAAGUUAUUAAAUGGAUCCAGAAAUAAGCAAUUUCUACAUUUUAAA